AUGACAAUUUACUCAUUUUACAUUUUUGACAAGCAUUGUAAUUGUGUCUACAGCAGGGAAUACUCACAUAAAGAGAAUGAUCAGGGAUUAGUUAACAAGAAUAACGAGUCAGAUACUUCCAAGCUAUUAUUCGGCAUAUUAUAUUCCCUCAAGAAUAUAUCAUCCAAACUAGGUAACGCAGAGAUUGGCAAUAACCUCAAAUCGUUUUCAACAGCACGUUUCAGAAUACAUUACUUGGAAUCUGCCUCAGGGUUAAAAUUUGUUCUCGUAUCAGACAACGGUGUUGAUAAUUUACAAAACGUGCUCUGGGAGCUCUAUUCUAAUUAUUAUUUAAAUAAUAUAGUUUUCAACGCGCUCAGCCCAGUCGAUUUUCAGUUUGAUGAAAGGAUCAGUAAUAGCAACUUUAUUCGGGAGACUGAUGAAUUUCUUGAGUCAUUGAAGGCUUUUAGCUAG